UGACAAACAUCCACGAAUACAUGUACCUAUCUACAUAUAUGGUGUUGGUGCAGACAGCCUUGGUAGGUGGUUUAGGUAUGUUACGUGGUAUAACUAAUCGGAUCCAAGCUGCAUCUCAGUCCCCAGCCUCGGCCGGAUGACGAAGUAAAUGUUGGCACGAUAGUUCUUUUACCACCUAUAUCUCAAACUUGCCCCCGAGUUAUCGAUCACGCUUUUAUUUGGAGACCGGACCACCAGGCACCUGAACACAUUUCGGCGGAGAGAAUUUAGAUCCCUAGACUCCACGGAGCUAGGACCGAACCCUCCAACAGGUAUGAUUGGCCACACACGAUCUAUCGUUUCCGAUGUCGAGGGAAACUUGGCAACCUUCAACACACCUCCCAACCUUUUAACAUCACAGAUCGUUCGGACCAACAUGUCCGAUAUCGACGUCAGCUAGACGUGAUCUCUAGUAUGGAGUCGAAAAGUCGAAGAGUUUUACGGAAACCCGAUGUCUGACAACUAUAAACGUCUACUUCCGGCGCCUCUGCCUCCUGGGUCCGCCCAGCCAAAUGUAUCGGAAGCAUCCUCUCAAAAGGAGGUCGGUCCCCCCGUCAAGAAACGUACCGUCUCUAAGGCUGCGUGCAACAAUUGCCGCCUUAAAAAGAUCCGAUGUGAUAGCAAAAGGCCCUGCACGGCCUGUAGUAAGGCCGGGGUAGAAUGCAACUUCGUCACUGCCAGUAGCGAUGAGACUCCUUUUAUGGCGCUAAAGCGGGAGGUUGAAUCCCUCAGGAGGUCUACGGGGGAUAUGACGGAGAUAUUUGAUCUGCUGGAGACCGCCCCUGACGCAGUUUCUCUCGACAUCCUACGGCGACUGAAGUCUACCAGGCACCAUCCCGAGGGUGUGAGCAACGCUUCCGAUGUUUUAGCAUCCGUCAAGAAAGACCUCGAGGAAGAGCCCGCAUUGCCCGUAAAACUAUCCAACCGGCAGCUUAUGGCUGGCCUCAUACCCGAGACCCAACAGACCCCCGAAUACGAGCUCAUGAUGCGAUGUCCAACAACCUACACCAUGCUGAUACCCGUUGAGGUUGCAUUUAUUAACCUGGCUAAUCUAUUGCGCCCAGCUGUUCUCGAAGAUCCAAGGCCGUCCAGCGUCGCGGGACUGGGAGACAUUCCGUCAUCAUUGAGCGUUCCUAGUGCUUCGAACGGGAUCACUCUCUGGGAUAGGACGGCAUUCAACCCACCAGAAGCAGGGAAUCAGGGCAUCGGUAAUUCUGAGCCUCUGCAAUCGAUACACGCGCUCGUUGACGCUCGACUCGAGGUUGUGAAUUUCCUAAAGUGGACCAGCGUGCCAAUUCCCAACGAGUUAGCCGCAACGUUGAUUUCGCUGUAUCUGGAGAUUGAUUAUCCAUGGCGCCCAUUAUUUGAUGCUGACCUAUUUUUGAACGACUGUGUGGAGGGCAAAACUCAUUUCUGCUCUGCUCUGCUCGUCAAUGCUCUGUUGGGGUGGGCCUGUCUAUUUUAUUCGAAUUUGAAACCAGAGGCUAGUGGCUUUGUCAUUGCCUUCGAGACAGAAGCCGAACGCUUAUGGCAGAUAGACAAACUAAGCAAUACGCUUACUGCCGUCGCAGCUUCUCAACUUCUAAGUGAUAUAUCAGCGUGUAAAGGUCGAGAUGAUUUCGCGAAUCGAUGUCUAGAAGAAGGCAUUCAGAUGGGAAUACGCAUGGGUCUUUUCGAGGUAACCGCCAACAAUGCGCCGGAUCCAGGCUGGUUGCAUCAUCACCAAUAUUGGUUCAGAGCCGCGUGUCAUACCUCCUGGGGUAUCUUCACAUGUGCCUGUAUACGCUCCUUGCACCUUCACCGAGCAGAACUUAAUAUACCGCCCCUGCUGCCUGUCCCUGGAGAUUACUAUGAAGAGCACAAUCACCCCGGUUUUACUCCUCCCAACAGCAAAUCUUUCGCGCCGACCCGGGUCGGCGAGACAUUCAAGGCGUUGUGUAAACUUAGUCUGAUUGUCCAUGAGAUCAUUUUGGUUUAUUUCGGAAGAAGCGAUACCGCCCCUGCCGCCCGAGCCACUAUCGAGUUUGCGGAACAAAUAUAUCAGAAGUUGUUUGAUUGGGCAGCGUCACUUCCCCUGGAAUUGGCGCGAGGGAGACGCAACCGUCAUUCGACUCUAAUGCUACAUCUUUACUAUCACUGCAUCGUAAUGGUGCUAUUCUGGCCAUUUCUCCAACACCAUGGCGACGAGAAGAUAAAAGUGAACCAGCUUACUACUACUACAGCCACCACGCAAGAAAUCCACAAGGCCUCAGUGAACCAGCUCAAAAGGCUAGGGCUCAUCCACUGCAUUGAUUUCAACAUCGCAUGUUCAUCGACAUUGUGGCAUAUUGGUCUCAUAUACUUAGCCAACGCAAUGCUCUGUGAGACCAUGCGUUCCGGAAACUUACGGGAUCCUGAGCGGUGGUUCUAUUUUAUGCUCUGCAUGACUUUCUACGAGAAUUUAUACGGCUCUUUUCAGGUUGUUGAAGUGACCGUGCUCGGACUCUUAAGCAUGGCUUUGCGUAAUGGAUUCUUGUCUGCUCCCGAGGCAAAUACCAUCCUAAAAAACAUGAGGCGAAUAGGGCAGCGAUACGACUCCCAUUUUACAGUCCGGGCAAGCUUCAUGGUCGAUCUCGAACUCGCGAUGACGAACCCCAAGGAGGCGAUGGUGCAGACCUUGGCGAAUGAUUUCCAUGAGCUGGCGAUCUUUCAGGAGUUUACGACUGGCGAGCUCAGGUAGGCUCGAGCUCGAUACCAGUAGGAAGAGCAGCAACCCGCCACUCUUAACAGUUUAGGGUCCUCUCAUAUAAAACGUUAAAAAGCGACAAUUCUAACAACCAACAUCGUCCCAAGAGGAUGGAUUUUUUCGAUGUAUGAUAUUGUCUUAGCCGGAGGGAAUGGAAGGCGCAUAGACACAUAGAUAUGUACCUAGGUAACUAGGUAUAAUAUAUUUUUUCAAGGCAUGGCAAGGUAUUGGUCUCCGACGAACCUAAGAUCUAGUUCACGACAAAAAUAGACAUGGGUGGCAUACCCCCUACUAUGGGUUAGGGUAGGUAAUCAGGAACCCAAAUGUCGUACGCCUCAAGAGAGGAAACCCCAAUAUGAUGUCAAAAAAGGGGGAAACACGGAGCCAAUAGUAUGUCUCAGGUACGUACGUACCUACAUAUGCACAAGCGGCCGCCGGCUUGCAUAAAUGGUAUGUAUGAAUAAUGGCAACUGAAGACUAUAGCAAUUGAUUUAAACUACUAUCUUAUCAGCUUCGGUGGGCGCCGCCAGAUAGACUUGCAUAGAGACUUACUCGAUCGGGACCAAGAAGGUUAAGCUAACGGCGCCGGUAUGUUGGAUCAAGCGCUUAUUACGUGGGGUAGAUGUCCAGU